ACCGGGGUACAGACGUAAUUAAUCCUCUGUAAACACAACUGCAAGCAAGCAGGUGGUUGCUUUGGGUGGUGCUUGAGAAAAGAGGCACUAGGCAAACACCAAGGUGCCACAAUUAAUUUAAAUGUGCGUAAUUUUAUGGUGCUAUAAAGUCACCGAACCACUUCAAAGGUACACCAAAACAGCGGAGAUUUAGCUAAAGAAACAUAUAAAACAAACAGCAAAUGAAAAGCUGCAUCUGAGAACAUGUUGAUAGCAACUUGCUCGUAUGACUAGAAACUAAAUGGAGUUUACAGGAAGUUCUAUCCGGAGCGGGAGAUGUGCGGGUUCCAGAAGUAGCCGGGCGUCCUGGGAUAAUGCAAGUAAUACAUCGGCUAUCAGUACCGGAACGGGUUCUGAAAUAGAUGCUGGGAAUGAAGAUAAAAAGAUGGCCUCACGAGCAGUAGCGUUUGUUAUUAAAAGCACCCGUAAGGGGAUUGUCCCUCUCUGCGCAGAUGUUGCACAGCUUCUGAAGGUGAAACAGAGGUUAGAGAAAACCAUAAGGGCUCAGCAGUUUGAAAUUCAGCAUUUGAAAAACAAUUAUCAGCCGUACAGUGAAGUCAGCUCAGCUUGUUCUCAGACUGGUUCUCCUGCAACAAGUCAUUCUUCAGGACCUCUUUGUUCCUCAGAAGUUCCAUCGUUAAAUAAGGACAUUGAGAGAAUGACACUCAGUAGCUACCACGGUGGUAAGUGUUCUGGCAUAUCGGCAGAUGGUAUGAUGACUCUGCCUUCCAUUGUGGGUCAGGGAUUGCAGACCACACAUACCUUGAUCACCAAGGCAGUGCAAACAUCUGAAGAAAUGUCCAGACAAGUGGCAAAGACCAUGGUAUCCAAAGAGGUACAAGUGGAAUGUCUCCAUUUUCAGAUGCACAAACACCAUGAGGAACAGCUCACACAAACUCUGAGUUUGAAUUCUAAGUUAUCUGAGGAUUUAGGCAAUGCAUGGAAGCAACUUGAAGCCCUGCAUGAACGUCUUUGUCAAGCUGAGGACCACUGGCAAAAAUGGCACAGGGCAAACACUCAACAGCCGUUAUCCAGGAAUUCUAACUCGAGCCAUUGUGGUGACUUUCAGCCUGCAAACUGUGAGUUAGCUUCAUCAUGCUGGGAAUGCAGUCAGCUUUGUCUCCAACAUGCACAAUAUGCACAUAUUCCAGGAAAAUGCUUCAGCGGUGAAAGAAGUCCAUAUGAACAAGAUCAGAAAGAGAAGCAACAACAAAUUGUUCAAAAUCACAAAAUCCAGCUAGACAGGAUAGAAGUCCAUGCUGUUGGUGAAGGCAAAGCAAGGUCAAACAGCCCAGAUUUCACUGUGGACUCUUCAUACAUUCGUUCAGUUUUUUCUUUCCCUAUGGUCGGGUGCAAGUGUUUCAGCUGUGCGGCUUUCUUCAGUAACCACAAGCAUUGUCUUAGAAGGGAAAUCAACAAGUUGGUGUACCUGCAAAGGCAGAAAUUUCAGGUGAAUGUAAAUGACUAUGCUAUCUUGAAUGAGAAUGAAUCUGGAACAGUUCUCUAUAUAGGUCACCUGAAUAAUUCAGAAAUGCCCAAUGUUGUCUUUGUUGGAGUUGAACUAGAUGAACCAAGUGGAAGUCAUGAUGGAGUAUUUGGUGGAAAGCGAUACUUCCAGUGCAAUGAGAAUCAUGGUAUAUUUGCUCCACUCCAUGAAAUUUUUUAUGUAAUACACAGAAAAACUAAAAAAUCCCUCAUGAUGCAGCAUUCACAUUUACGUCAGAACCACCACUCCCUGAACUCAUCUGCCACAUUAACCAGCUGUAGUACUGCUAUCCAGCAAGGCUCCUGUAGUCAGCCUGCCACUCAGAAGAAAAGGGUUAAUAGUACCAAUAAGUUCGGCCAGACUAACAGACUGUUGAAGAAUACAGUUAGUGCACCAUCUAGAUCAUCUCAGGAAUUAUGGAACUCUAGUUCAAGAAAGCCAGAAGAGAACAUUCCUUCCUCCUCACAUCCAUCCAGAAUGUUUAUCCAGAAUUCCAGUAAAACUAUACCUUCUAGUGAAGCCAAAUAUAAAAUGCAUGGAGAGAAGACUGCAGUUCCUAAAAAUGAAAAAAAAAAGGACAAAGUAAAGUAUUUAUUGACUUCCUACACCUUGUUGGCUUAAGUGAACAGCAGUGGGCACUGUAUCCAGGCAUCUGUGUCAGAGUGCUGUGUUAUCUUCCGUUACCAAGACCAGUGUUUGCUCCAUCCCAACAGCCAUAUAAAAUGUCACCAGUGAAAA